AUGUCCGCCGAACUCACGAAGGUCGACUCUGCCGUUGCUGGCUUGUCGAUAUCUCCCAAAGACGAGAAGGCCCCGGACAAGGAGGCCAAGAAGUCUCACAAGCGCAACUCGUCAGUGUCGGAAGGUGUCUGGAACAUCAAAGAUCUAGAGGCACAGAAAAUUGAAUUGACGCUGCCGAUCGAGACGCAGAAGACAGGAUGGAAACUCAACACCUCACCGGCCACAAUCGAGGAUAGAGAUAUUCUCAAACUCCAGCUCAUCAAUCCACCGGUCAAGAAGAUUGACCUGCACUUCCCGCUGGGACUGGAAGUGACUGCUCGGAACAUCAAGGGAGUCACGAUCAAAGAUGCGCUGGACGCAAUCUACAAGCAAUUCAAGAAGAAGGCCGACGACGAGCUUGAAGAGCCCUACCUUGCUGGGUUUGAGUGGGACAAGGACGAGUGCUGGACACGUCUGAUCGUUCACCAGACCAAGCGAGGUCCUCCCCAACAGCCCAGCAAGAAGUCGAAGAAGAAGAAGGAAGAGGCAUAG